AUGGCUUGGAGAGGAGCAUACACUAGCGGGCACAAGGGCACACAUCCAAUGAUUGUGUUGGAGACCGUUGCCGACCAAUGGUUGUGGAUCUGGCAUGCCUACUUUGGAGUUGCUGGGUCGAACAACGACCUCAAUCUGUUGAACGAGUCUCCAUUGUUCAAUGACUUGUGUGCUGGGCGAGCGUCUACAGUAGAGUUCACGGCCAACCACCGUCGAUACACUAUGGGGUACUAUCUGGCAGACGGGAUCUACCCUCGAUGGCCCGUGUUCAUGAAGACCAUCACAUGUCCGACAACGGAUAGGAGGAAGUUGUUUGCCAAAAAGCAAGAGGCGGCUCGGAAAGAUGUGGAGCGCGCAUUCGGAGUCCUCCAAUUACGUUGGGCUAUAGUGAAGGGAGCGGCCCGUGAUUGGCACCGUCCGCUAAUCGCCGACAUCAUGUAUGCAUGUAUCAUAAUACAUAACAUGAUCGUUGAGGACGAGGGAGAAAACGUCACUUUAUGGAGCGACGAUCCGCUCGCCAGCACCAGCAGUAGCUACACUGUCACCAACCCGCCCGUGCAAGGUGUUCCUUGA